CGACUCGCAUCCCAUCUCAGUCCAAUUUGAGACUCCCCGAUGCGCGUCGGCCCUUGGUGGUUUGAAUAAGCGGCAUUGGGGGCGAUUUUUGUGGCGACCAAGGAGGCUGCGGAGGUGUAUCGCAUAGGCACGUCUGAUGAGCUGGUCGCCAUAGACGGAGAAGAUUAGCCAACAGCCAUGCCCUUGAAUGGCUCUGCACUCAACGUGUCCGGCGUCGAACUAGGUGGUUUUCGUCUCCUCGAAAGCGGCUGAUCGUACGGGCUGAGUCGGCGACAAAUCGUGGGCCAGGUGAAUCCUCCGUCCUGAGAAUCGGAGACGUUAAGGACAGUUUUGCGAAUGCGUCUGUUGGGCUCAAGGGUGAUGGCGAAGUUGGCAUCCGAGCUCGGCCUUUCCACUUCUUGGGUGUUACUACCCCUCCUCGCGCGCCUUAUUCCGCCCUUUUCUCCGCCAGCAAGGCCUCCUUCGCUUCCUUUUUGCGUCACCUCGAGUACACAGUCCGUCCGAAGAAUCAAGUCAAAGCGUGUUCACUCUGCGGUCGAAAUGGCUUCCGGUUGCUCAAUAUACGAAGUGAGCCCAGCAGCGACCUAUGGCCAUAGAAAGCUGGUUCUUUCCUCCCAAGGCCCGCACAACCGAACACUCGCAAACGGAUUGUAUAGCAAUACAAGAUGGGGAGACAUGUUGCUUAGCAGAGUCGAUGUCUAGCUGUGAGUUGCCAUUCGAUGGUUGAAUUGUAACAAUCACAUGAUCCGUAUGUCCCAAAAAUUUACGAGUCCGAAGAAUGAGGUACUCGUUCU